AAAAAUGAGAUUAUAACACGUUAAAUUACAGAAUACUAAAGUGAUCAGAAAGUGCAAAAUUAUAGGGAUGGUAUUCGAAGUUUAUUCUUGUAUACAAGUGUGGUUUUAUGGAGGAGCGUUUGCAGUAUGAGUAAUUUUUAAGAUUUUGCUGGUAAGAAAAUAAAAAGAUAAAAGGUGUCGAAGUUUAAAAAUUUGAAGUUUAAAUUCGAGUAUUGCUGGGGACAAUUUGUAGAGUAAUUCCGGUCAACCAUCAAAUUGGGAAAGCGAUCUCAUCGUCUCCAAUCUCGAGAUCUGAAUCAUGAACCUCAAGUGGUGUGCCAAGUGGUUGUGUCUUAUCUGAUCAUCAUUACUUUUAAAUAAAUGAUGAGGGAAACACCUAGCUGGCCGAGUGGCCUCCAACCCAAUAGAAGAAGAGCACGCAACUCAAAACACUUCAUUAUAUCCCAACCCAGGAAAGAGGAAAGAGGAAAGAGAGAGAGAGAGAGAGAGAGAGAGAGAGGAGAAGUGAGCAAUGGCGACAAGCACGAACGGAGAAGAUGAGCAAAAGGGAGGAGGCGGAAGCAGCAGCAGUAGCAGCACAAUCCAUGCUAAGACCCUCCUCAAGAGCGAAUCCCUCUACCACUACAUACUGGAGACCUCCGUCGACCCUCGCGAGCCCGAGUGCCUGCGCGAGCUCCGCCGCAUCUCCGCCGCCCACCCUCGGAACAUAAUGACGUCGGCGCCGGACGAGGUUCAGUUCUUCGGGAUGCUGCUGAAGAUCUUGAACGCCAAGAACACAAUCGAGCUCGGCGUCUUCACCGGCUACUCCCUCCUCGCCACCGCCCUCGCCCUUCCCCACGACGGCAAGAUUCUGGCACUGGACACCAACAGGGAGAGUUACGAGCUGGGCCUCCCCGUCAUCCACAAGGCCGGAGUCGCCCACAAGAUCGACUUCCGCGAGGGCCCCGCACUGCCCGUCCUGGACCAAUUACUCGCCGAUGAGAAGAACAAGGGGACGCUGGACUUUGCGUUUGUGGACGCCGACAAGAGCAACUACCUCAACUACCACGAGCGGCUGGUUGAGCUGGUGAGGGUCGGGGGCGUCAUCGCCUACGACAACACGCUGUGGGAGGGGACGGUGGCAGCGCCGCCGGACGCGCCGCUGUCGGAGCGCGACCGGAUGAUCAGCGAGAUCAUGAGGGCGUUCAACAGCGUCAUUGCUGCCGACCCCCGCGUCGAGAUCAGCCACCUCUCCAUCGCCGACGGCCUGACCCUCUGCCGCCGUCUCGGGUGAACACCCACGUAUGGGAGCAAGUCUCUUGCAGCUUUUUUUUUUUUUUUUUUUGCUCCGAGUACAAACUUUCUGCACUUCCGGCAAUCUGAUUGGUCCAUCUGUUGGAAAGCCAGAUAUUUCCCUCUUUUUGGAUGGCCACUUUGGUCAAUUAGCGUGCAGAAUUUUUUUACAUUUGCAUGAGUUAUCUUCUUCGUCUACGGUGGUUUUCAUUGAUCGAAAUAAAAUGGAGGUACAAACAAAUAAUAAGUAUUUGAAAAAAAGAAUGUCUUCUUCUAGUACAAUUGAGUAUGUCAAGGAUGUGGGAAUGUAAUCUAAGUCAUGAGUGGAUAUGACGCUACCUAACAUUGUUCAUUGUUCAGGAACUUGAGUUGUAGUUACUAUUUAAGUUUGAAUUAUUUUUGUA